AUGUCCUUAUCACAUAUCACAUCUUUAUUAAAAAGACGAUGUUGUUGCCCCUGCUACUCCCAACUCGCAAGGUGCUAUCACUCAUCUGUUUCCAAACCCUGGAUAGGUCCCGUAUUGAAAUCAAACCACGAACUGGAUCAGUUUUUUAAUACAUAUAAUUGGUCUGUAAGCAAAUAUCUACAGGAUACCUCUUCAAUUACUAAGGAUAAACUACCUUCGAGGGAAGUAGUCUUGAAAUUGUUAAAACUAUCGGGAUUGUCUUCUCUUCAUGCUGAUAUUGAGGCCAUACAAUAUACAUUAGCUAGACAAUUACAAUUGAUCAGUAAAUUACAUAAUGCCCCCGUUGAUACAACGGAACUUGAUCCGAAUCAUGCAAGGUUGUUUCCAAGAGAAAAUAAACUAUUGACAUACGAAACUUUAAUGAAGAAAAUUGAAUGUGAAAACUUGGAACCUGAAGAACAGCUUGAUAGUUCAAACAAGUCAUGGAAGGCUACCGAUACAGCAACUAUUUCGAAAAAUGGUUAUUUCAUAUUCAGACAUGGUCUUUUGAAAGAUCGGAAUUAA